AUGAUCUUCACUGUGCUUGCCGCUGGAUGGUGGUUUGCCUCGACCCUAGCUGCUCCUGCUACUUUCAACUCCCCUUCCUUGGCUCGGCGAAGCGAUGAUGAAUUGGGCUCCUUGGUCCUUGCUGUGAAAGCCCAAGACGAUAUUAACGACCCGGACGACUUGACGGUAGCUUCGACCGUUAUUAACACAGGAAAAACAACACUUAAACUGCUCAACGACCCUAAUGGACCUCUAAGCACGUGGAAAACACAUACGUUUGAGUUUUACGAGGUCCCUACUAGUGGCUCGAGGAAGAGAGCUACGGGAUCCACUGCUGGCGUUCAUUCUGUUCGUGUCAAGUACAACCCUGAUGUGGCGGCGUCACUAUCGAAUCCUAACGCAUACACCAUUCUCAAACCAGGCGAAAAAAAAUCGUUGUCCAUGAUUACGACUGGUUCCUACGAGGUCCGCGUCACCGCAAAUGCCGAGUGGUUUCGCGUCAUAAAGGACGAUGGAUCAGUCGGAUAUGUGCAAGCCAAGAUUUAUGACGGACCUGAAGCCGCUAAUUGGACUGCCUCGCACAUUUCCGAAUCAGGCACAUUCGCUUCCAUGCGCGGUUUGGCUAGCGCAGGAAUCCCAAGUCACCCCGCUACGCAACAGAAGGACAUCUUGGAAAGUGCCGUGGCAGCCAACGGCUACAUUGCCCAAUCAUCCCAAUUCUUGGCCAACUCGUAUUACCUCGGCAACUCGCGAUAUCGCACAUGGUUUGGACCUUACGAAAAGAGGAGAUGGGACACAGUUGCGCGUCACUUUACCUUGUUGCAUGGUCAGCCCCAAAGGUUCAAAUACGAUUGCUCGUGCGCCGAGGAGGAUACGUUUGCGUACGUGUAUCCCGACCAAUUUGGCACAGUCUACCUCUGCGGAGCGUUUUGGAAAGCUUCGGUGUUGGAUGACCAUGCAUACGGUCACGAAGAAGCACAAAAAUUGGCCAUCAACUUUCCAAACCAAGCGAUAAUGAAUGCAGACUCACAUGAAUAUUUUGCCGAGAACGACCCAGAAAUCCUCUAG